UGCUGCAAGGGGAGCAGAGAGGAGACCUGCCCUUCCUCCUGAUUGCCGAGCAUCACGACAUCCAGCGGCUGCUGAGGAGGCCCUCUUCCCUCCUAGCAGCAGGUGCCACUGCAGCAGGAUCAGCACAGGAUGCAGCUUCUUCGUGCAUCUGCAGCAUCGCAGCAUUGGGACAACAGCCAGGAGGACAUCCCUUCUGUCUAGCCAGUGUCAUUGAGGAAGGACAAGCUAGAAGAAAGGCUUCUCUCUUAGCAGCUUACUAGAGCAGCCACAGCAGCGGACCUGCGCUUCUCUCCCGCACGCUCCCUCUCGGUGUUACCACUGCUGAAAACGGAUCUGUUCCAAACAGGGCUUUUUCUUCCGUAUCUGCAACUGUUCAGCAGGACACACUGGGAACGUUUCUUUUCUCCAGUCCACACAACAGGACCUGGGCUCUGAGCAAUAGCUCUUUCUCCACUAUGACUGUAGCAAGUCCAGCUUUUAAAUUCAGCUAGUAUUGUGUAAGCAGCCUUCACCCUCUGCUCCACUGACUCCAUCCCCUCUCCCAGAAACUGGACAGCGGGGGCUUUUACACCAGCCUCAUUUGUAGCAGGAACUUCUUCUGACAGCAUUUGCUGACGUGCAUGGAAACAAGGGAUGGGGUCACUCAGAAACAAUGAGCCAGUCAAAGAGCCCCUGAAUAUGGAUGUUUUGUCUCACAAGGGAUCUCCAUCUCCAGUAGACUCUGAUAAGACAUCUUUAGAAGAACUGUUGAUCCAAAGGCUGCUGCCUUCCUACCCCCGUUACCGUGGCAACCGCCCGGGCUCCCCCAGCCCCGCGCCGCCGCCGCCGGAGCCGCUCGGCAGCCGCCUGCCGCCGUCGGCCAUGGAGCUGCUGGCCGCGGCGCUCAGCGCCGCCUGCGCCCUCGACCAGGACGACUCCGGCAGGGAGCCCCCCGCGGCCGCUGAGGAGAGCCCCGCCGCCGCCGCCCAGGUGCCGCCGCCCGCCCACCCCAUGACGGCCGACUCGUGGAGGAACCUGAUCGAGCACAUCGGGCUCCUGUAUCAAGAAUAUCGAGAUAAAUCUACACGCCAGGAGAUCGAAACCAGACGACUGCAGGAUUCACAGACAGACCCUGAGGAGAGUUCACCCAGUGAGGAAACCCCGUCUGAAACAGAACCUACAAGUACGACCGAGAGCAAAGCUGCACCACAAAUCAAUUUGCUGAGGAACUCCAACUCCAGGUUCAACUUAUGGCAGGAUCUUCCGGAGAUCCGGAGCAGCGGGGUCCUUAGCAUCCUCCAGCCAGAUGAGAUCAAGCUGCAGGAGGCAAUGUUUGAGCUGGUUACUUCCGAAGCCUCGUAUUACAAGAGUCUGAAUCUGCUGGUGUCUCACUUCAUGGAGAACGAACGCCUGAAAAAGAUCUUACACCAGUCUGAGGCACACAUCCUCUUCUCCAAUGUCCUGGACGUCAUGGCUGUCAGUGAGCGCUUCCUGUUGGACCUUGAGCAACGCGUGGAGGAGAAUAUUGUGAUCUCGGAUGUGUGCGAUAUCGUCUACCAGCACACCGUUAAUCACUUCUCUGUGUACAUCACCUACGUCUCCAACCAGACCUACCAGGAGAGAGCUUACAAGCAGCUUCUCCAGGACAAGCCAGCUUUCCGGGAAGUGAUCUCACAGCUGGAGCUGGAUCCCAAGUGCAAAGGCCUGUCCUUUUCUUCCUUCCUGAUUUUGCCAUUUCAAAGGAUCACGCGGCUCAAGCUACUCGUGCAGAAUAUUUUGAAGAAAGUAGAAGAGAAGUCUGAGAGGGAAACCACUGCGCUGGAUGCACAUAAGGAGCUAGAAACAGUGGUGAAAGCGUGUAAUGAAGGUGUCAGGAAGAUGAGCCGAACAGAGCAGAUGAUCAGCAUCCAGAAGAAACUGGAAUUUAAGAUCAAGUCUGUGCCCAUCAUCUCUCACUCCCGCUGGCUGCUGAAACAGGGGGAACUGCAGCAAAUGAAUGGUCCGAAGACAUCGCGAACGCUUCGCACCAAGAAGCUCUUCAGAGAAAUCUACUUGUUCCUUUUCAAUGAUCUGCUGGUAAUUUGCCGGCAAAUUCCUGGGGACAAGUACCAAGUGUUUGACUCGGCGCCACGGGGGCUUCUUCGGGUGGAGGAAUUAGAAGACCAGGGGCAGAGUUUGGCCAACGUCUUCAUCCUGAGGCUGCUCGAGAAUGCAGACGACCGGGAGGCCAGCUACAUGCUGAAGGCAUCAUCCCAGAGCGAGAUGAAGCGCUGGAUGAUUUCGCUGGCCCCAAACCGAAGAACCAAGUUUGUUUCCUUUACAUCCAGGCUUGUUGACUGCCCGCAGAUCCAGUGCGUGCACCCCUACGUGGCCCAGCAGCCGGAUGAGCUGUCCUUAGAGUUGGCCGACGUCCUCAACAUCCUGGACAAGACGGACGAUGGCUGGAUCUUUGGGGAGCGUCUUCACGAUCAGGAGAGGGGCUGGUUCCCCAGUUCUAUGGGGGAGGAGAUCCUGAACCCCAAAAUCCGAGCCCAGAACUUGAAGGAGUGUUUCCGGGUGCACAAGUCGGAUGACAGUCAGCGGAGGAAACUGGGCAGCAGGAACCGCCAAUGACCGCUGGCAGACCCGAGCGGCUGGAGCGCAGCUGGGAGGGGGCAAAGGACAGAGGCUGCCGUCUGGGAGGGGACAGUGGUGCAGGACCUGGCGCGCCAGACCAAGCGCGCACACCCCUGGAUAAAUGGGCCACAGUCGCUGGGCUGCCCGCCACGCUUUCUGCAGCGCUGAUCCUUCCCUGGAGCCCAGUGCUUCCAACUGGCUAACAGAACACCUUUCCAAAGAGCAUGAGCCCAAACUGACACAACACGAGGUGCCAGCCAGCUGAGCAGCGAGGGAACCAGGGGCUGAGGGAGGUUCUGCCUUGACCCCCAAUUCCCUGCACAUGUUCCAGCUGGAGCUGGCUCAGGCUGCCUGGGAAGGGCACAUGGAGCAGACAGAACGCAGCAAUUAGCACCACCCAUUUGAGCACUUCCAGCUCAUCACUACCUUCUGAGUUAGAGGCUUUCCUAAAGCUGCCUCUUACAGGCAUGGAAGCUGAAGCAGAGGAGCUGUCUCUCAUCCUCUCACACAGCCCGUUAGCACCAGGGCUGGGAAGAGCCCCAGGAAUCCCAUUUCCCCAGCCCCAGCGGCUUCACAGCAGCACCUUCCCCCGGCAGACCCUCGAUCCACUUCCAGAUGCUGUGAACACAGCCCCGUUCCACCAGCAGCCUGACCUCAAAUGCCCCGACCCACGCCCCUGCCACCUGAAGGCCUCGGAACACACCUGGGUCCUGCUCCACAGCUCAUUUCUCUUCUACAGCUGGCAGCCCCUCCGCAGCGCUGCUGCAGAAGCCAGCACCGGCGCCUUCGCCAGCUGAGCCGGUGCUCACAGGAGGCCAGCGCCUGCAUACGGUCUGCGCUGCCCAGCGCCGCCCCACCACGUGCUGCAGGGCUCCGGGAGCACCAGCAGAGCCGGGCGCCGUGCAGCAGGCAGGUGACGGUCCCCCGGGAGCUGUUGUCACACGGCGCGCUGCAGGAGGCCCAGCGAUCACACCUGCAUGCUUGUACCCCACUCCUCCCAGCUGUGCACACAGCCUCUCUGUACAGGCUCACCCCCGUGUAUAUACGCAAACCCCGUCGCCUGCAGAGCCAGGUCACCACUCCUUCCAGCUGUGACACUGAGCAUCGCAUGGAGCCCAGGGCACAGCAUCAAGAGCAGCCAGGGGACAAACCCAGCACGAAG